AUGGUAGCAGCAUACGUGUGGGGCCUUAUGCUCCUCCGGCCCCUCGCAAGUCUAAGCGACCAGGGUGCACCUCCGCCCAUGCACGUGGCUCUACUCCACUACCAUCUUCCCGCCGAAUGGACUUCAUACUCUGUGAGCCCUCAUGUGACGUUUGACUCGAUCAGCGUUUCGGACGGCCGGGUUCUUCAGGCCUUGAUCAGGCAUCCGCACGUUGAUCUGAGGCGACCUCGCGCGCCUGGCGAGCGGCAUGCCAAAGUCAUGGACUUUCUGAUCACCGACUUAAACUGGCAUCGUUUGGACCCCACUUGGCGCCCAUCGGAACAUCCGUUUGAAGAUGUGAAAAUGUGGCAUCUCGAACAGAGCGUCUCUACUGACGAAGGGAUCGUCGAUGACUUGCAGGACAUGGCCAUCGAUGCGACGACGAUCUACACAACACGCAAAUCGGCCGGCCUGCAUUUUGUCGACUUUGGGAUAGCUGCGAGUAUGAAGGCUGCCAAGGAGGACCAGCUACGUCCGCAUGCAGCUGCAAGGAGCAGCUUCGAUUCGCCUUGGCGCGAAGCGGGACGCAUCUGA